UUAGCCACGCUAUCAAGUAAUAUUUUUUUUAGUUUGUAGUUUGCGAGUUCACGACCGUGUUUAGAUUCGUUGGGUCCUAAAACCUGUGGCGUUCUUCUUGUUAGAAGGUGUCGUCACUGAAUAUUUGUUUUGCUAUCGAAGUGAUAAGUUCAUUUAACGUCGCGGGUAAUCGUAAUAUUUCAUAUUCGGGAGUGAAGUGCAAAUGUUCUAGGUUGGUGAAAUAAUGACGAGCAGUGCUUUUAUCGCUUUGUAGCGAUGUGUGGUUUUAAUACAUUAAGUUGAUUGUGAUUUCAAAAUUCAUGGUGUAUCCAAUAGAAUUAGUGUCGUUUAUAGAGUAUAUUUCGAAUCAUAGGGACCAUAAGCGAGCCGACGGAUUCUAUCAUGGUCGUAAAACGUGCUGCGGACAGUGCGGAAUCACCUAUUUUGGAGGAAGCUGGCGAGAGCGGUUCUGAACAGAAGCCAAAGCCUCUCGUCAAAUAUGGCGAGCUCGUCAUACUUGGAUACAACGGUUACCUACCCGCUGGCGAGCGCGGCCGCCGCCGGAGCAAAUUCGUGCUCUACCGGCGGCCGCAGGCCAACGGCGUGCGGCGCUCCAAGCACUACGUGGUGAAGACCCCGCACAGCAGCAAGGCCAUCCUCGACGCCAGCCAGCACUCCAUCUCGUACACGCUGAGCCGCAGCCAGGCGGUCAUCGUCGAGUACACGGAGGAUCCCGACACUGAUAUGUUCCAGAUCGGUAGGUCGUCAGAAUCGCCGAUUGACUUCGUGGUAAUGGACACAGUGGCAGGCGACAAGAGCGGCGACACGAAAGUGCUACAGAGCACCAUAUCGCGGUUCGCGUGUCGCAUCAUCGCCGACAGAGAGGACGUCAACAACUGUCGCAUUUAUGCUGCUGGGUUCGACUCUUCUAGAAAUAUAUUCCUUGGGGAAAAAGCAACGAAAUGGACAGAGAACCACGAGAUCGACGGUCUGACGACGAACGGCGUUCUCAUGAUGCACCCGCGCGGUGACUUCUGCGGCGGCAGCGCCACCUGCGGCCCGUGGCGCGAGACUUCAGUCGGCGGCGCCGUGUUCUCGCUCAGGGAGAGUCGCUCUGCGCAACAGAAGGGUCUCCCAUGCCAGUCAGAAAGCAACGUGCUCCGGGACGGGACCAUGAUAGACUUGUGCGGAGCCACGUUGCUAUGGAGGAGCGCCGAGGGACUCAAGAAUUCACCUACAAAACGCGACCUGGAAGCAUUAGUAGACGCACUGAACGCGGGCCGGCCACAAUGUCCUGUAGGGUUGAACACGCUGGUCAUCCCCCGCAAGCUGUCUACCGCGCAGCAGGACCUCAACCAGCCCUACGUGUACCUCAACUGCGGGCACGUGCAAGGCGAGCACUCUUGGGGCGCUGAGAGCAGCGAGACGGGGCUGCGCAAGUGCCCGAUGUGCAUGGCGCCGGGGCUGGUGGUGCGCGUGUGCAUGGGCAUCGAGCCCGCCUUCUACGUGGACGCCGAGCCGCCCACCUACGCCUUCAACCCCUGCGGACACAUGGCCUCCGAGCGUACCGUCAAAUACUGGGCGAGCGUGGACAUCCCGCACGGCACGAACGGCUUCCACGCCAUCUGCCCGUUCUGCGCCGCGCCGCUGCAGGGCACGCCCGGCUACGUGCGUCUCAUCUUCCAGGACAACCUCGACUGAACAGGUAUAGUCCUGCAGCGGGCGUUUUUAAUUAUAAAUAAAAGGGCCUUUUAUUUAACAAUUAACACGAUUAUUAUGGAGCGGCAGGCAGUGACGUCAGGCCGCGAGCAAGUUAUACAUAUAUGAGCGGUCACGAAGAUCAUAAAUAUGUUAACGAAUAUGUUCAAAAUGUAAGGAC